AUGGAAGUUAGGAACAGCGAUGGCAUGACAGUAUGGGUACCCAACGAGGCCUUUGAGUUUCUCCAGAAGAUAUGGAAGCCGGAGUACCAGUGGGCGCCUGUCCCUGUGGACAAGUCACUUGCAAGAGCACCUGAGCAGAUCGCCUUUAUUCAGACCCAGACUCCUCAUCCGGAAUCGUCAAGGGAAACCCCAUCUGAGCCACAGGAACCAAGCGUGCCUGCAGAUGAGACAAAAUCAUCCACGAAGUCGUCAGUGCUGCAGGCAUUCCGAGCCUUUGCCGGGAGGCGCAAAGCAUCGACAACAUCACCGGCAGCACAGAAGUCAGGGGCCCAAGAAGCCGCACAGUCAACCCCAACAAACCAACCAGCGCCGCAAAUUACCAAGGAGACUGUUGACUCAAAGCCACCGGGCCCACCAUCACUGCUGCAGACAGCCAAGGCACCUGCACUUGAGCCCAAAACGCCAACAGCACCGCCCGUUCCAGCAACGCCGAAGGUAGUACCCGGAACACCUCGCACGCCUAGGACCCCUCUUCCUCCUAUAGAGACUUCCUUACUAGAGCGACGAUCAAGAACCUUCCGCGAGAGCCCUGGAUCCGCUGAACUUGAGACGGCCAUAACCGCCAUAUCGAGCCCGGGAGAUACCGAGUCGCUACAGACACCCUCAACAGCUACGGAGCUCGAAAGCCCACGGACGCCAAGGGACAGCCUCAAGCUGAGAAACAGUUACGUCGCGCUACCGUUGCCUUCGACGGAACAACGGUUGGAACCAAGCAAGCCUGCUCUCCAGCUGUCAAAACUCGAGUAUCUUGGCAACGACAUUUACCAGCCGCCGCAAGGCCCAUGGCCGGCAGUAAGUGACUGGCGCGGCUACCAACAAGAUAACCAGUGGCAAGGUUAUCAAUUCGAUCAAGACUUGCAUCCGGGUGGGUGGGAAGCCGUCGACAACCGGCGGGGGCUUCCCAUGCCAGGCGACCUCCCCUCGCCGCCGGGCCGUUGGAAACUUGAGGACGGCAGGGGCAACUACAAGCCCAAAGCAGGCACACGUGCUGCGGCGUGGAAGACACUAGAUGGGACCCGUCGGAACCUGGACACGAAUGACAAUUUUGUCACGAGGAAGCAGACCGAUACCGCGUGGCAUGGCAGUAAAAAGGGUUUUGCGCUUCGUAUGGAUAUGCAUCUUAAUGUGGAGGUGCAGAUGAAGGGGAGUGUCUCCGGGGACAUUACCUUGUCUGCUGAGGCAUUAUACGCGCUCUGA